UUAAUUGUGAACAAUAAAGUGUCAUUCAUCUUCAAACCUUUCAAAGCCUGGUACAUAGAGCAUUUGCGAAGUUAUGAGCUGACGAGUAAUUGCACUUCUGAACUGCAGGUUGUGGAACCCCAGGAACUCAAUGGAUACCAUCCACUUUAUCCAUAUGUAAGAGCUGGCAAGCUAUACGUCACACCGAAAACCUUCUUGCUUCACUAAGUUGCAGAGAAACCCUUGAAUUUUGAAUUCCCACAACAAAAUGCUGUUUCGUGUAAUCAUCUCCCCACAGAACAUAAAAAAAGUUAGACUUGAUCCUGUUCCAGAUUCUGUUGAUGGCCUCAAAUUUGAACUUAAAAGCAGGCUCCAGCUGAAAGGCCCUUUUGACCUUCAAUAUGAAGAUGAAGACUUCAAGGAUUUCUGUAAUCUGACGUGUAGCUGAUCUGCCUAAAGACAAGGUGACACUGAAGGUUCUUUCCAACCCCUGUCCAGAUACAUUGUCGGACUCCAGUUUAGACACUGCAAUUUUAAGUGAAUCGUCAUCUCCAUCAACUUCUACACCCAGCAUCCAUUCAGAGCCAUAUGCCGCCCGUUCGCAGCCAUGGCCAACUGCCUUUCCCAUUCCACUUUUUGCGUUUGAUGUUGAGCUGAGGCUAAGACAAGGUAAUGAGGCAUUUCAAAUUGACACUUCUGUCAAUUCCCAAAGACAUGAAGAUUGAAAUUCUUGAGAAACUUGCAGAAAUUAUAUACUCAUUCAAAGCCUAUCCUGGCAAUGAAGAGAUUGAAAGUGUAGCAUCUGCCUUAAUUGAAAAACACCCCUGUCUCAAAGAGCCAAGCUCCACAUCUGGAUGGUAUGGGUGGAAAAUAAGUAUCAAGUUCAAAAUGGGCAACUACAGACAAAAGCUGAGAGAUGCAGGUUGUCAGGAACUGAAAGUAAAUUCUGAAAAGAGAGGUCUUGGGGAGACAAGAGGGAAGCAAAACAAAGUUAAGAAACCUAGACGGUGUGAGACCAAUUUUCUGCCAAAUCUACCUCAGGGCAAAGACCGGGAAAGUCUAGACAAGGAAAGAGAGCAAAUAGCGGUGGAGAUGACGAAGAGGACACCAGACAUCAACUUUGUUGAUGCUGCUAUGAGCAGCACGUAUUCUUUGAGAAGACAAGAAGUCAUUGAGGACGAGCCACCGGUGUCACAAAUGAAAGUCCGAUGGCCAGCACUUUUCACAGAGAGACAGAUCAGCAAAGAAUUCACCAGGCUUGUGUCAAAGGACCUGAGCAAGUCCUUUUUUGAAGGCCUAGAUGGUCAUCUCUCAAAGCUGAUACAGUUAUUUAGGUCAAAGCGUUAUGAGGACAUUCCAGAAAUGACUUCAAUACUGGAGAGCCUUGAUAAGGAUAAAACAAACCAUAGGAUGAGGACUGCAGCAUUGCUGGGCCUGCCGUGGUACAUGCGAGAAACUCCUUCAAAAUUCAUCAAGAUUUGCGAGCCCAGUGACCGUGAAGAGGAUGUGAUCAUGGGUGUGGUGAUUGGAAUUCUAGUAGUUGUGGAGAAUGUGAUGGAACCUCUCCCCUUGUUCUACAAUGACGUUGCACUGGUGAUUGAGGAACAAGUGAUAAUGCGUCACCUGAGUGAUAUACCCAAUGCUUUUCUAAACCUGAUGGGCCUGGUGUAUGCAUUAAACCUUAACUACCCAAAGGAACUAAAAUUCACUUGUGAAGUGAUACAGCACCUGUUUAUCGGACUUGGGUCAGACUCAUGCACUGCAAGGGUUCACUCUUUGAAGAACAAGUUGCUGCGAUAAGGCAGAAAACUAAAUCUUCGGUUGUACAGUUUUAAGAUUAUUUUCGUUUUAGAUCUCAUUGUGAAUAGUUCACCAUUAAUAAUACAUUUCUGUCAUCGUUAACUCACCCUCUUGUCAUUUUAAACCUAUAUGACUUGUUCCGCAGAACACAAAAAAAGAUAUUUUGACGACUGUUCUUGACAGCCCUCCUAUUCUCUUGCAUUGGUUACAAUAGAAUUGAAUAGAGUGCUGUCCCUUCUAUUGUGGUUAAUUCUAUUGUGGUUAAUUCUAUUGUAACCAAUGCAAGAGAAUGGGGGUCUGUCAACAACAUUCUUUACUAAAGUUUUUCAAAAUAAAUGUUGUGUUCUGCAGAAGUCAUACAGAUUUAUAAUGACAAGAGGGCAUGUAAAUAAUGACAGAUAAAUGAUUUUCAUUAUAAAGGUGAACAACUGAAUUUUUUUCUUACCUUUUCCUGCUUCAUCCUUCCUUGUCAUGUUUCCACGACACGGAAUUGAAGACACAGUUAACUGUCCAGUUUAAACAGCUUAUUGUGAGUUCUUCAUGUACUCAAAAUGUCUGAUAAAGGCAAAAUAGUACAAUAUCUCUCAUUGUCAUUAAGAUGGCUUUGUGCAUGCAUGGAUAAUUUUUUGUUUGAGCUGUUUUGGCUCUAAGAGGAAUCUAUGCAUAGAGUAU